CAGCUCAGUCUUUACGCGGCGUCCUGUGGCGCGUGGGGUUGUCUGUCUGAGAAGAUCAUUUUUUCCAAGGGUGGAGACGAAAAAACUUCAACCAAGAGCAAUCAGAGGAGGCAUCGGUGUCAGCGCGUCCUGAUCUGGGUGGGUUCUGGAGGAAGGAUGUCCGCACUGAGCGCUGCGCCGUUCAUGAAGCCGCCGCACCAGGUGCGCUCCCCGCGGGGCCGCCGCCACACGCUGCCGGCCAGCGAGUUCCGCUCCCUCAGCCCGGAGGAUGCCAUCAGCGUGUUCGAGAUAGAGAGAGAAGCUUUCAUCUCGGUGUCCGGAGAGUGUCCUCUCCACCUGGACAAGGUGCGUCACUUCCUCACGCUGUGCCCUGAGCUCUCCCUCGGCUGGUUUGAGGAGGGACGCCUGGUGGCUUUCAUCAUCGGCUCUCUGUGGGACCAGGAGAGGCUCACAAUGGAUGCCCUGACGCUCCAUAAACCUCAUGGAACCACGGUCCACAUCCACGUCCUGGCCGUCCACCGGACCUUCAGGCAGCAGGGCAAAGGCUCCAUCCUGAUGUGGCGUUAUCUGCAGUACCUCCGCUGCCUGCCCUACGUGCGACGCGCCAUCCUCAUGUGUGAGGACUUCCUGGUUCCUUUCUACCAGAAGUCAGGGUUCAAGAUGCUGGGCCCCAGCGAGAUCACCGUGGGACCCCUCUGCUUCAACGAGAUGUUCUAUCUGGUCAGGGGCCACGCCUUCAUGCGACGCAACAGCGGCUGCUGAAGGAAGAGGCUCCUCCGCAGACACAGGAGGAGGUGGCGUUACAGGGACGAGGCUGACCUCUGGGUGAAACACGCUGGGCAGGCAGCUACAGGGCGGGAAACACGGAGCUGUCCGCCAUUUUUCAGCAACCUUUGGGCAGCAGGUCUACGACUGAAACGCAUCCAGGAACUUCUGACAUCCGAUUUAGAAAAUGCUGGACGAUUAAUAAAUUAUAAGCUG